GAGGACAUGGCUGCUCAUGUGGGAGCAUCCCGAACGCCUCAGGAAGUGAUGGAGCACUAUGUGAGCAUGUACAUCCAUGGCAACCUGGGAAAAGCCUGCAUCCCCGACACUAUUCCAAACAGAGUAACAGAUCACACAUGUCCCAGUGGCGGCCCGCUUUCUCCUAGCUUGACCACGCCGCUCCCACCGCUGGAUAUAUCGGUGGCUGAACAGCAGCAGUUGGGAUACAUGCCACUUCGGGACGACUACGAGAUUGAAUACGAUCAAGAUGCAGAGACUCUGAUCAGUGGCCUUUCGGUGAACUAUGAUGAUGAUGAUGUUGAAAUAGAGUUAAAAAGAGCUCACGUAGACAUGUAUGUUAGGAAACUCAAGGAGAGGCAACGGCGGAAGAACAUUGCACGAGACUAUAACUUGGUACCAGCCUUUCUGGGGAAGGAUAAAAAGGACAAGGAGAAAGCUCCCAAACGGAAGAUAACAAAAGAAGAGAAGGAGUUGAGGCUGAAACUGAGGCCUCUCUACCAGUUCAUGUCUUGUAAGGAGUUCGAAGACUUCUUUGAGAACAUGCACAAGGAGAGGAUACUCCGAGCAAAGAUUCGGGAGCUGCAGCGGUAUCGUCGAAAUGGAAUCACCAAAAUGGAAGAAUCUGCAGAAUACGAGGCAGCCAGGCACAAACGGGAAAAGCGGAAGGAGAACAAAAACAUAGCUAGUUCCAAGAGGGGGAAGGAAGAUGGUAAAGAAGGUGAAUUUGCUGCCAUUGAAAACCUGCCUGGCUUUGAACUCUUAUCAGACAGGGAAAAGGUGCUCUGCAGCUCUCUAAAUCUGAGUCCGGCACGUUAUGUGACUGUAAAAACUAUAAUCAUUAAAGACCAUCUGCAAAAAAGACAAGGAAUUCCUUCAAAGAGUCGCCUUCCCAGUUACUUAGAUAAGGUACUGAAGAAAAGGAUUUUAAACUUUCUAACAGAAAGUGGUUGGAUAUCCAGGGAUGCUUCAUGA